GAAGAAUUACUUUUUACCAAAGUAUGUAUGUAAACGUUGAUUUUGCCUAGGAGAAUUCUCCUUGCUUAACAUAAGCCUAAACCCUUCAUAGAACAUAUUCCGAUCCCCAAGUAUAUAUAUGUAAAAGUUGACUUUGCAGAAGCCUAAACCUUCACCUUCGGAUACUUAUUUCCAAAUCUGGUAUUCAGAUAGAUACAUACCAAAUGGAAAUAUAAGUAUAAUCAAUGAUGAUGGCUACAACACCAACGCAGUUCGAUGAUCUCCCUCACGAAAUCGCAUUCAACAUCCUAAUUCGGCUGCCAGUGAAAACACUGCUGCAAUUCAGGUGCGUUUCCACAUACUAUAACUCCAUCAUCACCAGCUCCAAUUUCAUUACCAAACACUUCAAACUCAACCUAGUCAAAUCAUUAUUAUCCAACAAAAACAACAACAACAAUGAUUAUCUACUAUGUAAAGCACGGUCACAUAGGGAACAAGACACGUUGUGUACAGUCGUUUGCAAUAUCAGCGACCACACGUUGACUGAGGUUUCCAGGUGGAAAGUACCAGUUUCUAAUGCCACCAUUGUUGGCAUCUGCAAGGGCUUAUUCUGCCUCGUUUUUCAGCAAUUUACUGUACAUACAUUUAAUGCUGAUAGUCGACCAAUUGAUGGUACUUGGGUUUUUGACAUAUAUUUGUGGAAUCCAAACAUUGGAAAGUUUAAGCUAAUUCCAUCUACUGAUGACAGUUUUGAGCCUUUCGGUUAUGGAUUUGGGUAUUAUCAUAUUCAAAACAAUGACUUUGACUUCAAGGUUUUGAGAUAUGGGCGUUUCUUCAGACAAAACCGGCUUGACUUCCAGGUUUACACGUUGAGUACCAAUUCGUGGAAACAGUUGAGUUCAUUUAAUGGAUCUAGAGGACCUAUCACUAGGAUUGAUCUACCACCUUAUUUGUUUUUUAAUGGAGCUUUGCACUUUAUAGCAUAUUCUUGUGGCCACAAAUUCAUUCUGUGCUUUGAUCUCCAUAAUGAUAACUUCCGGGAGAUACUACUGCCACAGGAUUACUCAAAUGGAUUAUUUUUUAAGCUUGAACAACUUGCGGUAUUGGAGGGAUCAUUGGCAGUGAUUGCUUUCCACAGUCAUGUAUUGAUUGAGAAGUGCCACAUAUGGGUGAUGGGGGUUUAUGGUAAUGUUGACUCUUGGACUCCAAACAUUGUAGAUUUGAAGGAUGUUAAGAACUUCUUUGGCUGCACGAGCAGUGGUGAACUUGUUAUUAGGAAAUCUUCUCCUCAUAAACUCAUUUUAUUUGACCCUAAGAGUCCAGAUGAGAAAAAUAUUGGAAUUGGAGAUCUUGCACCAGAGAUUUACACAGCUAAUCUCAUGGAGAGCUUAGUUUUUCUCAACGAGCAUAAUUGACAGGUUAUAAUGGGUUCUUGUAUUCAGUUGCUUCUUGGCAUUAAGCAUUGACAAGAGAGAGAAAUCGAUGGGAUGUUGUUGCUUUUCUGUUUUACAUGGGGUUUCUUUGUUCUUGGUACUUUAUUUGUUGCAGUCGUCUCAAACCCAAUUGAGUACCCAAAGCUGUUUGGGAAUUGUAAUAAUAAUAUUACUGAUGGUAUUUGGUUUUCUUUCCCCCAAAUAUCGAAUUACAUAUACAAAACAAAAGGACUGAUUGCUAGAGAAAAUUUUGAG